AUCAAUCAAAGAAUUAAAAAAAAGAAAAAUGGAGAUUUUCAAAUUUUAUUCAUAUGGAAUUCUGUCGAAUAUAAUCUGUUUUUUUGGUCUAUUGGGCAAUACAUUAACAUUGUACAUAUUGAAUUCAAGUAAAGACAUGCGAAAAUCAACAAUCAACAUUUAUUUAACCGUAUUGACAUUAUAUGAUAAUGGUGUAUUAAUAUUUUCUGUAUUAAUGCUCAAUAUACCGGCUAUAAAUGAUUAUCAGCUACAACAGCAACAACAACAAAUAUUAGCAGCAGCAGCAGCAGCAUCAGCGGCUACAACAACAACAAAUGAAUUUAUUUCAUUUAUGGAUGAUCCAAAUCGUUUGGGUGAACCACCACCGUCACCGCCACCGCCAAUACCAUUAUCAUCAUCAUCACAAUCAAGAAAUCAAAUUAUUAAUGAUGAUUCUUCUGCCAUUAUUAUAAAUAAUAAUAAUAAUUCCAACACGUCAAUGUCAUUGAUGAAUGUAAUGAUGAUGACACAAUCCCCAUCGUUGAAUGGCGACAAUGAUGAUGAUAUGCCUUUGAUGAUGAAUCAACAAAUGAUGAAUAAAAUUGGAACGACACUAUCAGUGCCAACAUUAUUAUCGGAAAAAAAUAUUAAAUAUCCAUUACCAUCGUCAUCAUCAUCAUCAUCAUCAUCAUCAUCAUUACCAUUUAAACAUCGGCAUACACAUCAAUAUGACGAUUCAAUAAUAUCAUGGAAUCAUGCAUUGAAUGAUUCAUUCAUUGCAUUCAUUAAUCAAUGUUUAUUAUCGGUGGAUCAAUCAACAACGACGAAAGAUGACCAUUCCAGCAACAAUGAUGAUGAUUAUAGAUCACAAUUUGAUUGGCAAUAUUGUCGUUUAUUAUUUCGUUUAAAUUCAUAUACAAUGAUAUCGGAUCCAUUAUUUAUGGAAGAAAUUGAAGAAAAUUCUGAUGAAUCAUCAAUUGAAUUAUCAUCACAACAAAAUAAUAUUCUAAUUCCUUGGUCUAAUCGAAUGCAACCAAAUAGAAUUUGUUUACAUUUAAUGAAUAAAACGCUCAAUAUAAUGGAUCAUUUUGAUAAUGCAAAAAUUGUACCAGACCAUUUAUGGUUAGAAAAACAUUUACAAAUAUUAUUAUCGUUGACAAACAAUAUCACCACCAUUGUUGAUGAUGAUCAACGAUUCUGCAAUUGGAAUUUCAUUGUUGAUGAUGUUGUUGAUUCAAAUGCUACCAAUGGAUGUCCAUUCAUGAUUGAAAUGCCUUUUUCACCAUUAGUUUAUUAUGUGAAAAUUGUUUAUCCACUGGCAUUGAUUGCACAAACUGGAUCAAUAUGGACAACAUGUCUGAUAACGAUUGAACGAUAUCUAGCUGUUUGUCAUCCAUUAAUGACAAUGACAUUAUCGACACGUGCACGUGCAAUAUGGGCAUUGUCAAUUUUAUCCAUUAUGGCAUUUUUAUUCAAUUUACCACGAUUUGCUGAAGUGGAUACCACUUGUAAUCAAGUUCGAGCGACAGAAUUUCGUCACAAUAAAAUCUAUUAUCAAGUUUAUUAUAUAUUCCUGAAUCUGACAUUCAAUUAUAUUGUACCAUUAUCAUUAUUGGCUGCAUUGAAUGUAAAAAUUUAUUUUAGCGUACAAAAAGCAAGUCAAAAUCGUAAUGAAUUAACCCGUGCACGUCAAAGUGAAUUACAUUUAGCAUCAAUGUUUAUCGCCAUUGUAGCUAUAUUUAUUGCUUGCAAUGCACCGGCAUUCAUUGUCAAUUGUUUGGAACCAUAUUUUCAGGUUGGCACACCUGUUUUGGAAUUGAUGACAAUAUUUUCCAAUGUAUUGGUUUGUUUCAAUUCAUCAAUCAAUUUUGUUAUUUAUUGUAUAUUUGGAAGAAAAUUUCGUUUGAAAUUUCUUCGAUUAUUACGUUUAAAUCGAUGGAAAUUUUGUAAUCGUCGACAAUAUCGUUCAUCAUCAACAUCAGCAGCAGCAGCAGCAUCGAGUUGUUCAGGUAGAACAGUUACCAUACCAUUUAAUCGUCAUCAUGGUGGUGCAAUGAUGAUGAUGAUGAAUCGUGGUGAUUCAACAAUUUUGAAUGGUCCAAAUAAUGAAAAUAUUAACAACAAUAAUCAACAUAAUCAUCAAAAAUCUAAUUGGUCUUCAAUGGUAGAGGGUCAAUUGAAAAUCGAACAACAACAACAACAACAAACAAAGCUGCAGCCGCAGCAGCAGCCAACACCACCACCUAUGACAAUGGAAAACGUUCGAUUUUCACCUUCUUCUAUAAUACGAUCAAAUACAUUUGGUUCUUAUUCCAAUCAAACUAUACAUACAAUGAAUAAUCAACAUCACAAUGAUGAUGAUGAUGAUGAUGAUGAUGAUGAUGAAGUUCAUCAUCACCAUCAAUGA